AUGAUGUUGGUCAUGGGACAAGAAACAGCCAAGACCAAACUCUUCAAGAAUAUGAUUUCCCGAACUCAAAAUAAUCAAAAUUAUAAAGGAAGUACUAAAAUCGGAAGUGUUCAAGAUGGAGUUUGGACCAAUGUUUUCCAAUUAUUUGGAUUCCGUUCAGCAAAUAAUCAAACAGAUACUGAUAAUAAUCCAAAAUUUAUUUCAUUAUUCUAUGAUGGAAUUCAUCAGAGAAUGAGAAUGGAUGGAGCUGGUUUGGGAGGCCCUGCAGCUCAACUCUCUUCCACAUCAGUUUUGUUUGAAAUUUUGAGAUAUUAUAUGAAUGUUGUGAGUGUUGAUUUUUGUAUCUUUGAACAUUUGCAUCCUAAUUCUACUGCUUAUGGAGCUAGAGUUUUCCCAUUCAGUGGAAAGGGUACUGUGGCUGAAGGAGGAUUCACUGUUGCCAAAUAUUCUGGAGCUAAAUUGAUUCAAAGUAAUGCUAUUCUUGAACCAUCCAAUUUGAUUAAUGGAAUGCAAAAGAGAGUUUGUAAUGUCUAUAAUUUGGAUGGAAAGUCUGAUCUUGCUAUUGGUCUUGGAUUUUACUUGUUCAAUUAUCAAGGACCUACCUAUGUUGACAUGACUUAUUAUGAAGAUGCCAAGACAGGACAACCAGUUUAUGCUGUUUGUUCUGAGAGAAAUAUUGACAUUGUUACAAAAAUGGGAGCAGAUGUUGUCAUUGACUAUACAAAAACAUCAUCCAAACCUAGAAUAGAUGGUGAAUCUGAAAAUCUGAAGAGUAUUUGUCAAACCAUUAAGGAAGACCAUGGAGAUUCUUAUGUGGAUAUUGUAUUGGAUUGUGUUGGUGGAACUGAAAUGUAUUAUCGUGACGUUUGCAAUAAUUUUGAGUGUAAGAAAGCAAGAGAUGGUGUUGCAUUCACAACCAUUUCACCAAAUGUUCCAUUCGAACCAAAUAUGGGACUUUCUUCUUUGAUGAAAAUUGGAUAUUUUGUAGUUUCUAAUAAGAUUAAGUCAUUAUCGAGUGCUUAUCCAUCCUUCCACUUUGUUUUCAUGGAUAAGAACGUAAAAGAUAUGAAUUUACUGAUGAAUCAUAUUGUAAUUUCGAAUCAAGUUUACAAUCAACUUCCACUGAUGGAAUUUGAAUUUUCUGCUCAAGGAUUAAACGAUGCACAUAAACAAAUGGAAUCUCAAAGAACAGUUGGUAAAAUCGUUAUCAAAAUUCAAUAA